UGGAGCCGCCCCUGUUAAGGGCUGAAGCAUGAGGAGAUGAACUACAGCUCCAGCUCUGUAGUUUCUAAACCAUAUGCUUUUAUCAUGUCCCAUUCAUCUCCUUUCUCCAGGAGAAACAAUCCCACUCUUUCCAAUUUCUCUUUAUGUGAGAGGUUUUUUCCCCAGCCUUGGAUUACUAUUCCUCCUCUCACUUUUGCAAAACUGGAGGGGGAUUUAGAAAGAGAAACACUCACACCCCAGCUACUGAGGGCUGAAAGCCCCUCCCAAGUUUGAGCCCUCCAACAAAACAAAGCAAGGCAACAUCUGAUAAGGUAAAACAUAGGAAAAAGAACUCGAGGGGAAAAUUUAAAAAAAGGAAACAAAAAACAUACACCUCCCAAUUUCAUUUUCCAUUAGAGGUCACAAACAUAGCUUCUCUAUAUCUUAGAUACACUCCACUGAACUAUAUCAGUCCAACUAUGCAUAAAAGUAUUCUUAGGAGAAUAAAAAACAACUAUUUAAUCUUUAAGUAAAUGGAAAAAUCUCUAAAAUUAGGCACUUAUCUUCUUUAGAGUCACUACCAUACCCUGCAGAAAAUCUAACACAGCAACAGAUCUAUGCAUUAUUUUCACUGGAUGUUGAUUUUGUCACAAUGACAUGAGCAGAGCAAGUUUCCAAGGAAUUCCAAAUACUUGUUGGAUUGCAUUUGAAAAGGUGUUUUAGCACAAAACAAAUACUCCAGGCACUAUAUAAAUGCUUAACACCAGCCAUAUGAUAAACAAGAAAUCUCAGGUAGGUAACAUUUGAGACUGCCUUUUUUGUUUUCCUACACACGUCCUCUCUCCUGUCCCCUUUCCUUCAGUUUUAUAUUUUUUACUUGUGGAGGGAAAUAAGGUAAGUUUCAUACAAUUUUAUUUCUUAUUAAAGUAAUAAACUCACCUAUAAAAGCUGGAUCUCUGUAAGGCAACCAACUACCUCAUAUACAUCUACCUUUAGUAAACAUUACAAAUUUAUCUGAAAGUUCAUGAAAAAUUGGGAGUUGAAUCUGGACUCAAGGAAAUAAAAGAAGUGUCACUAAAAAGCAUAUUACAUUUUCCUAUCUUUAUUAAGUUUUCAGGUUUGAUAUAGUCUAUGCCCACGACACUCAUGUUUCUCAGAAGCACUAUGCUGGGAAUUCUCCUUAUCUGCAUUCUCUGGACAGAGACUAUCAUGGCUGGAUCUAGUUUUUUAAGUCCUGAAUAUCAAAACACACAGCAACGAAAGGAUCCAAAAAAGCAUACAAAGUUAAACCGCCGGGCUGCAGAAGGAUUUUUGGAUGUAGAUGCAAGGCAGGCAGAAGGAGACAACAAUGAAAUAGAGAUUAAGCUUAAUGUUCCCUUUGAAACUGGUGUCAAGAUAACAGAAGAGCAGUACCAGGAGUAUGGACAAGUUCUGGAGAAGAUCCUAGAGGACAUUCUUGCAGAGGACACUAAAAGGUACGUCUCCCUCCCACAUCCCAACUCCUCUGUGCAGGACAGGUGGGUGGAGUGUUCCAGCAAAAGUUCUUGGAAGUAAAGGGUAUUAUCUAACUUAAUAUACAAAUCAUUAGGCCAAGAUUUCAAGAGCCACUUUGGAUGUCCAACAUGACACUCUGUAAAGGGACCUGAUUUUC